CUGGCAUUGGUGGAAAUGCCAGGGAGUCCUCCGUAUCCCGAGAGAGACCCGGGAUUUCGUGGGCCGGACCGGACGGAUGGCGACCAUCAAAAGGAAAUAGGAUCAUGGCAGCAGAUGAUGACAAUGGUGAUGGAACAGGUUUAUUUGAUGUCUUUUCUGCUUCUCUUAAUAAUGAUGAAGGCUCUUUGGACAUAUAUGCCGGGUUGGACAGUUCUGUGUGUGACACUGCUCCCAAAUCCUGUGUCCCACCCAGAGAUUGUUUGGAUUUAUAUGAAGAGAUCCUGACAGAAGAGGGGACCGCCAAGGAAGCAACAUACAAUGAUUUGCAAGUAGAAUAUGAAAAAUGCCAGCUGCAAAUGAAAGAACUGAUGAGAAAGUAUAAGGAAAUACAGACGCAGAAUUGCAGCUUAAAAAAUGAAAACCUGUCUCUUAAGAAGAAUAUUUCAGCACUUAUGAAAACUGCCAGGGCAGAAAUAAACCGCAAGGAUGAAGAAAUCGAUAAUCUUCAUCAAAGACUGUCUGAAUUUCCACAUUUCCGAAACAAUCAUAAAACUGCAAGGAUAUCAGAUCCAGUAAAACCGAAAGACCCUAAAUGCAGAUCUUCUCAUUUAGAUGAUUCGUCAAAGACUGACUCCAGAGUGAAAGGUGAUGGUUCCAGAGAUGUGCAUCGUGGCACCUCACUGCCAAGCCUGGGCAAAGAAGGACACCCACACUCUGAAAAAAGGAGCCCUUUGCUGUCGCCAGCAUCUAAUGAGAAGCACUGCACCAAUGGCAUUUGGUCGCGUUCCCAAUAUCAGGCCGGUGAGGGUAGCUCAAGCGAAGAUAAUAGGAGAGAGAAAAAAGAAAUUAGACACAGGCAGCACAGUGGAGGAUCCGAUCGAACCCGGAAAGACUGUGGUGAUGGUGAGCCGAGGAACCCAGAGACUCAUCACAGACUACAAGGGCGUUCUGAGAAACAUGGGAAAGGUGACCCAAAGGUGGAAAGCAAAAAUCCAAAGCUUAAAAGUAGUGCCGACUCAGACCACCAAAGCGAGCACACCAGCCCCUCUUGGGGGACAGAGAUGCCGAGAGAAAAGUCCCACAUUCGAGUAGAAUCUCAACAUGACAAACGACUAGAGAGACACAGUGAAAGGUCACAACAUGUAAAUAGGAAGGACCUUACAUCACAAGACAAAGAGGAGAGAAAAGUCGACCACAAACCCAAAUCAGGAGUAAAGGACCAGGCUCACUGGCGAAGAUCUGAACAAACACUGCUUCCUCAUUCCCGGAAUGAGAUAACAAAAUCUUCUCACAGUUCAAGUAAAUAUCAUUUGGAAGAGAGAAGAGCAAGGGGGGAAGAGAGCAAAAGAGACAGGGGAGUAAGCAGUCACAGUUUUCAGGAUGGCAGGUGUGCCUCUGCUCUUUCAAGCAGUCGACCGCACAAGCACAGUGAGUCCAAGGGCGCGGAGGGCAUGCACCACAGGGAACACGUCCCUUUGAAAGUAGAAAAGCACAGGACUGAGGAUCGGAGGAAACGAGACCAAGAAAGCAGAGAAGAAAGGCACAUGAGAAGUGAGAAAAAGACACUGACAGAACGUUUGCAGAAAACUCAUAAAGAGGCUAAGAAAACCACUACUGAUUUCUUAAAGAGACCAAAUGAGCCCCCAAACGACAAAAGUGAAACUACUAAAAGUGAAACUUCUGGAAGCGUCGAUGACAAAGCACUUGUAGUUAAAGCUGAGAGUGGUCCAAGUGAAACCAAGAACAAGGACUUUAAGUUGAGUUUUAUGGAAAAACUGAACUUAACUCUUUCUCCUGCUAAAAAGCAGCCGGUGUCUCAGGAAAGUCAGCACAGACUAAGUGAUACUCCCAAAUCCAGUGGCACGUGUGGUUUGGAUCCCUUGGUGCAGGCUAAAACUGUGACUUGUGUUCCAGCUGUUAAUGAGCAUGUAGAGGAACCCAAAUCAAAGUUACUAACACCCAAGGAUGCGCUUUUAGCAGCAUCUGAACACAAGAUCAAUAUUCCAGAAAGCAAAAGUGAAGGGGAAAAAAAGGUGUUCGUGAAAUCUGUUGAGAAUUCUCUGGCUUGUGACCCGACCCUUUUUGGUACAGAGACUUUAUUUUCAGCACCUAUAGAAAAGGACCAAGCAGAAUCCUUGUGUCCAUCAACAGAAAUGGAAAAAUCCGUUGAUAGUGCAAAGGCUACUCCCACAGUAAUAAAUGUAGUACAAACAGAUACUCCUCAAAACUUUGGCUUGGAAUUGGAUAACAAGCGAAAUGAUGGUUUAAAUUCCUACGGUGUUUCUGAAGGAAUGGAAACGAAGGUGGAUUCUUCAACAAAAGUGGCUGAAGGCAGUGGAAGCAUUUUGCAGCCAUCAGUCAAAGAAGCUGGCGUUUUGCGAGCAGUCGUUUUAGAAGAUGGUAAAGCAAGAUUUGAGGCUGUUCUUGAGGGUACACCACCUGCCGAGAGUAGGUCCUUUCCUAUGGAGCCUGGCUUACUUCAAGAGACUGCAGACCUUUCCCUGCAGAAAGCGGAGUCAGUGGACCACAGAAUGGAAACUGAUGAGACAAAUUCAGACUAUCACGAUGAUGAGAAUUCCAUUCUGAGCAUUGACUUUAAUCAGCUGAGGCAUAUUCCCAAAGUCAUCAGUCCCUUGAACAGCCCGGUGAGAGCAGUGGCAAAAGUUCUUAGAAUGGGAAGCCCGUCUCAGGUUCCAUCGAACAAUAGCAGCCCUAAAGAUAUUUUCCUGCUGAAUUCAGCUCAUUGUACCUCUAAGAGUCAGUCUAAUGAUCUCAACAAAGAGAAUAAAAGGCCAGUUUGCAAAUCUCUCCAGUGUACAGAAGCAGAAACCCGUAAGAAUUUAUCUUCAGAUGAUUUAGAAGAAGGAGAAGUUUUAAGUGACCACGAAACACCUCAAUCUCAAAAAAGUUUUGAGAAAAGCAGCAAAGCCCGCACUUCUGCCCAAGUGCGGACGACAAAGACCAGCCCAGGACGGAGGGACAGUGCCGUGCAAUCAGACGGCAGGAAGAGGAAGCCAUCUGUAGAGAUUCAUCAGACCAAUAACAAAUGCCGUAAGAUGACCGGCGAAUCUUGCAAAUCUUCGAAAACAGGGAAGAAAGAGAAAAUAAUGAGCCCUUCCAGCCUGGAAAAAAUUGUUCAAAUUAUUGCUACCCCCUCUUCUGUCCGAGAGGUUAUGCACAUGUUACGAAUGCUAAGAAAACAUGUAAGGAAAAAUUACAUGAAAUUCAAGGUCAAAUUUUCAUUAAUACAAUUUCAUAGAAUUAUUGAGUCAGCAAUUUUGAGUUUCACAUCACUAAUCAAAUACCUUGACUUAGCCAAAAUCUCUAAGUCAGUGUCUGCUUUACAGAAAUACGUCUGUGACAUCAUAGAAUCUAAACUUAAGCAAGUUAAAAAGAAUGGCAUUGUUGAUCGUUUAUUUGAACAGCAACUACCAGAUAUGAAAAAAAAACUGUGGAAAUUUGUAGAUGAGCAAAUGGAUUAUUUGUUUGAAAAACUUAAGAAAGCCUUAGAAAAAUUUUGUGAUUCCAAAAACUUUGGAAGUGACAGUGAUGGGCGAAAACAUGAAAAGAAUAAAGAAAAAGUACAGCACUCACAUUGUCAGAAAGGGAAUACAGAGAACCCCAACAAAGCAAUCGUAAAAGCCACCCCCCCAAAACCAGAAGAUUCUGUUCAUGUUAAGUCUCUACCGGGGUGUAAAACCUUGGAGGACACACACCAAGACCAAAACAACGCUAAUAACGCAGUCAAGCAUGACAUCACAAGAAGCUCCAGCACCUUCAAUAAUACAAAGAACUCUCAAUCCAAAGAGCACUCCUUGGAAAUAAACUGUCCAGGCACCCCAAGGCCAGACAAAGCUGAAGGCAGCACGGUGGGAGCCGCGCAGGCAUCCCAGCCUGCCGCUUUGAAGCCAGAACGGAGUUUUGAGAUUCUGACAGAGCAGCAGGCAUCCAGCUUGACUUUUAAUUUAGUGAGUGAUGCGCAGAUGGGUGAAAUAUUUAAAAGCUUGUUGCAAGGUUCUGAUCUUUCAGAGAGCAGUGUUAACGGUAAUGAAAAGGGUGAGUGGGAGUUAAAAACCCCAGAGAAACAGCUGCUAGACAGUCUUAAAUGUGAAUCCAUGCCAACUGACGAGCUAGCUUCAGGGGUGGUUCCUCCAAACCUUAAAAUGAUUAGUGAUGACAACUGGUCCUUAUUGUCUUCUGAGAAGGGGCCGUCUCUGUCUUCCGGGCUUUCACUACCAGUUCACCCUGAUGUGCUGGACGAGAGUUGUAUGUUUGAAGUGUCCACUAACAUUGCCGUAAAUAAAGACAAUUUAUGUAGUUCCGAAAAGAGCAGGCCCUGCAUUUCUUCCAUCCUUCUCGAAGAUCUAGCAGUCUCUUUGACAGUACCGUCCCCUCUGAAGUCAGAUGGUCACCUCAGUUUCUUAAGGCCUGAAGUUCUGUCUAGCUCCACCCCUGAAGAAGUGAUCAGUGCCCACUUUAGUGAGGAUGCCUUGCUUGAAGAAGAGGAUGCGUCUGAGCAAGACAUUCACUUAGCUCUGGAGUCCGAUAACUCCAGCAGUAAGUCAAGCUGUUCGUCGUCGUGGGCCAGCCGGUCUGUGGCUCCAGGCUUCCAGUACCACCCGAAUCUGCCCAUGCAUGCUGUCAUCAUGGAGAAGUCCAACGACCAUUUCAUCGUGAAAAUACGGCGCGCCGCACCGUCCACCUCCCCUAACCUCGAACAGAGUGCCCUGGCUGACGCGGCUUUGACAUCUUUGCCUCCCGCAGAAAAUGAAGCUGAAGAAGCAGCCGAGAAAGAGUACAUUUCCUGUGAGAGCUCAGCUUUAAAAUCUGUGGUGGAACAAUUAGAAAAAACUGUUGAGGGCAGUAGCUUGACUAAUGAACAAAACUGUAUAAUACAGCCUCAAGUCCCCGAUAUAUACGAAUUUCUUAAGGAUGCUUCAGGUAAAACUGGCGAUAGCGAUAAAGUGGCUGGUGACAGUUUCAAAUUGCACCAAGUGUGGGAACCACACGUGACCACUGAACACAAGGAAGAAUUGCCUCCGCUUGAAGAAAUGCCACCGUCCGUUGAGGGUCAGCUCCCAAACACGUUCAUCGACCUAACUAAAGACCCAGUCGCCGAGACCAAACACUUGGGAGAAUUCCUGGAAGUAGCAGUUCUCAAUAUUGGUCCGUUGGGAUGUUCUGGCGGCAGUGUGACUCAGGAUACUCAAAUAGUAGAUAGUUCCUUACAGCUGGACGCUGUAGGUGCAUUUAUUGACUUGACACAAGAUGCUUCCAGCGAGAGUAAAAAUGAAGGGAACCCUUCUGCAGGGGCUGAUGGAGGUGCGGGGUCUCAGGACAUAUGUGUAGAGGAAGAGAACUGUAAGGAAGAAGAGACGCAGGUGGCAAGUGAGCCCUUGAUAUGUGCUGCCGAGGAACCCAGCAUCGAUUUGACCACAGAAUCUCCCAGUCCCUGUGAAGCAAGAAAGGAUGAUAACAAAUCCGCGCCCAAGUCUGAUUCUGACAGUUCAGAGUUGCCCCAGUCUUUGGAUAAUGCUCACAAAAAAAGAAAACACCUUUCUGAUCCAAGCCAUUCUUCUCAGAAAAAACAAAGGACGGACACAGACUGCACAAAUGGGAGAAGGGCUAAGAAAGCCCGUCAAGAUUCUGGCGAGAGUGACGAAGCUUGCCAAAGGAAGACGAGCAAGAAGAGAGCCUCUGCCCCACGUGCCGGCGACUCCUCACCCAAAGGCAGCCCAGAGAUGCCGGCCUCCGCGGCCGUGCCCGCCACGUCGCCCUUGAGCCUUUCUGCAAAGAACGUUGUUAAAAAGAAAGGAGAAAUUGUGGUUUCAUGGACAAGAAAUGAUGACCGGGAAAUCUUAUUGGAGUGUCAGAAAAAAGGGCCAUCGGUGAAAACAUUCACUACUUUAGCUGCCAAGUUGAACAAAAAUCCAAAUCAGGUCUCAGAAAGAUUCCAGCAACUAAUGAAGCUUUUUGAAAAGUUAAAAUGCAGGUAGUUAAUGGUUACACUCAAGACACUAGUAAAGUGAAUAUUUAACACUGUAACUGUGCAAUUAAUGGCCUGUUAGCCAUUGAAGGUGUUGAGCAGUGAGUGAGAAACAGGCUGCCCUGGAGUUCCUGCUUCAGCCACUGCUGGGAAGUAGUUGCUUGUGCAGGCAUCUAAGAUGAGUUGCUGAGUUCCUUGGAAGCUUAUUGAUAUUACAUACUGCACAGAAGCGUGGAAUUCCUCAUGUUUUAAAUGGGGAGCUAAGUUUAAAUAGGUGGGGUUUUUUUUAAUAGCACAUUUUAAAAUUGCCAGAUCUGCAUUUUGUUAAAAAUCACUUGCUGACUUUUUGAUGUCAAGUCAGCAUGAUCAGCUUGUUGCAGUCAUUGAUCUGAUUGGUUUACCUGUUUCCUUAGGCUAUUUAUAUCUGAAUGUUGGAACUUGGGAUCAGAGUGAAAGCAACAAGGAUAGAGUCUUGACAGCUUAGUUUUGAUAUUUCAAAGAAAUAAAAUUCUUUUCUAGAUAAAAAAAAAGUUUUACAACAUUUUCAUCCUAAUAUCCGUUCAAGUUCAAGUUUUUAUCCUUUUUGUAUUUGCUUUUGUAAUGGCCUUUUCUCAUUUUGGUGCAUUGUAAAAUAAAUGGUAAUUGUAAAUAUGUAUAUUUAGCAAUGAUGUGAAAAAGCUGUGCGUGGAAGGUACACUCAUAAAUGGCUUUUUGUAGCCAAGGAUUUUUAACCUGUAUAAAGCUUUUUGUAUAAAGUUUGCUUUCUACAACCACAAUGUAUGUUAAUAAAACUAUGUAAAGUUCUGUUA